AUGCAUACGAAUAUCCCCGAGUCCAAACUAGGCGAGCCCAUCGCCGCCGCCACCGGCUCAGUCGCCGCCAAGUCGUCCUCGCUACCCCUCCGGCCCAAGAAGCUGCUCGCCGACUCGCCCUCGCCGCCGCGCAUCCUCAUCAUCGGCGCCGGCUCGCGCGGCCACGCCUACGCCAGCGCAGUUGCAAAGCACACGGCUGCCAUCAUCGCCGCCGUAGCUGAGCCGAUCGAGUUCAAGCGGCGCGAAUUCGUCUCCCAUUUCAUCAACCGCGGCCCCUUAGCAUCGGUGGAGACGGAGGAAGGCGGUGAGCACGAGCAGCAGGCAUUUGCGGACUGGCGCGACUACGUGGACUGGGAGAAGGCGCGGCGGGAACGGGCGAAGAAAGCCUCCUCGGCUGGCGAGGCGGGGAAAGUCCCGGCGGGCGUGGACGCCGCGUUCGUGUGUGUGCUAGACGAGCAGCACCGCGAGGUCGUCGAGGGCCUAGCGCCGCUGGGCUUAGCCGUCAUGUGCGAGAAGCCGCUGGCGACGACGCUGGCAGACUGCGUGGCUAUCUACGACGCGAUGCUGCGGGGCGGUCAGGGUAGCGUGCCGCGCAUCUUCGGAAUCGGACACGUGCUCAGGUAUUCCCCGCACAACAUGCUGCUGAGACAGCUGGUAAGGGAGCAGGGUGUGGUGGGGGACGUUUUGAGUGUGGAGCAUACAGAGCCGGUUGGUUGGUGGCAUUUCUCGCACAGCUACGUCAGAGGAAACUGGAGGAGAGAGUCCACCACUGCUCCGUCACUGCUCACGAAGUCUUGCCACGACAUUGAUUUCUUGCUGUGGAUGCUCAGCGAGCCGGCGAAAGAGGGAGAGAAGACCCACAAACCGGCUUUCCUGAAUUCGACCGGCACGCGGAACUUCUAUAGAAGAGCAAGAAAGCCGGCGGCUGCUGGCACGGCAACCAACUGCCUCUCUUGCCCGAUUGAGAAAGACUGCAUGUUCAGCGCGAAGAAGAUUUAUGCGGAGCGGCAUUUGAGAAAGGGCAACGCUAGGUGGCCGGUCAAGAUCGUCAACCCUGAGAUCGAAGACUGCCUCAGCACGCUGGGGCCGGAUGCAGCCGAGAAGAUGCUGAUGAAAGACCUCUCGGAAGACUGGACAUCCGAGACACCAGACGAAGAGGUUCGCAGACGACCCUGGUUUGGGCGGUGCGUGUGGGAGGCUGACAAUGACGUCUGCGACGACCAAUGUGUGACAAUCACCUGGGAGGAUGAUGCUGCCUCAGGAAGCCUCGCCAAAACUGCGCAGUUUCACAUGGUAGCCUUCACGGAGAAAAUAUGCGAGCGCCGCGGGCGCAUUUACGGCACCAAGGGUGAGAUUGAAUACGACAGCGCCACGAUCCGGGUGCAUGAUUUUGCAACCGACCGCACGGAGACGUUCUAUCCCGAGCAGCGCGGUGGAGGUCACGGCGGCGGCGACGAUGGGCUGGCAACGCAGUUUGUACAGGCGGUUGGCGCCGUCAAGGAUGGCAGGAUGGGGGUGGAGGAGGCGCAGCAGAAGUUCAUUGGGUGCACGCUUGAAGAAGUGAUCCAGAGCCACGCAAUGGUGUUCGCGGCUGAGGACGCAAGAAAACAGCGGGCGGUAGUGGACUGGCACUCGUGGUGGCAGAAGAACGUCGAGGAGCGACUGCAGCAUCAGCCGACGGCCUCUCCCCGCUCGCCAGCACACAGUCGGGCGAACUCGGGGCCGCAGCAGCCGCCCGGGUCGGCGGCAGCGUCGAUGAUGUCGUAG